CGCUCCUGAAAAAACUAGUUGUAUCGACAAGUUUCCAUUCGAAGCGGUCCCAACAGGCGGUUUGCACAAACCGCCGAACCGAUGCCGCACAAAUAUCGCGCAAUUCAAUACCUCGCGUACGUCUCCCGAGGACAUUGUUAACUGGAACAUACGUCACCGGUCUGAAAUGAGUUCGAAACGAUCGAACGACUUGAAGUCGCGCCGCAAGACGGAACCAGUUUCGGAAACCGGUUUGGAACUAGUUUCCUCCAGGUUUUCGGCCCCCUGCGAAAGCCGCGCGAGUCCGCGAAUGGCACUCCGACCGGAUCGCUCGGUGAGAUCGCAACGCGCGUAGGAAACAUGACUGACAACGCGGAACGAAAAGAGGACACGAUUGACGGUCGUACGGAAGUUAAGGUGGAGCCGACUCUCCGAUGCUACGCCAAGGAGGAGCACGAGAAUGGCUUUUCGAACUUUGAGAACGCGAUACCAUCGGAUGUGGGUACGUUGAAUCUGUGGACCAGUAAGGCCACCACUUGUCUCAUCAGCCAGUACAAGAAGUAUCGAUCGAUGGUCGGGCAGUCGACGCAGAUCAGGAGUCUGCGAGAGAUGUUUGAAAUGAUAUCGCUGGAGAUGCAGAAUAACGGUUUCUACUUUAGCCCGCAGAAGUGCGAAAACAAGUGGCGGGUGCUGGAGCGCAAGUACAAGAACCUGGUGUCCCGCGAACGACUGAAGAAGCCAGGCAGGAUGAGGCAUUACGGACAAUGGGAGCACAAGCGAGCCUUGGACGAGAUCUUUAGCGAGAAAAAGAAGCGCGUAUACUUGGAGGAAAAUGAGCCGAGCGGUUCCGUCAAGUAUUCUUCAGCCGUGCCGAAAUUCGAUCGAGGCAGGCAACAAAAGGAUCCUUUGCUGUCCAACGAUGCGACCAACGAAAGGGACGAAGAGACACCGGUUCAACGGCGAACGCUGACGAUAAUGUUUGAGAAGUUUCUCGAAGAAAUGGGAAAGAAUUUCGCGCUGGCUGAGAAGAACAAGGAGAAACGGCACAAGGAGGAGAUGGCCGUGAGGCAGAAAGAGUUGGAACUGAAGAAUAAGCUUCUGACGCUGAAGGAGCAGAAAAUAGAGUUGCAAAAAUGCCAAGUCAUCGCCGCCGCGCAGAAUUUCAGCAGGAAGUGACGUAGCGUAACUUUUCUAAUUCAUCUAAUAUAGAUGUUCUCAUGUCUCGUCGAUCGAUAUGUUCUUCGAUUGCAAUUAGAAACAUUAAAAUGUC